CUUAUCAGGAGUGUUCUCCUUUUGGCCCCGCUGCCACUGUGCUGGCUGCUCAUCUUCUUCUUCCUACUCCUCCUCCUGCUAUUCCUCCUCUUCCUCCUCAGUGUGUUUCUGCAGGGAAAUACAAGUCUAGCUCGAGUGAGAUUCUCGACUGGCUGCAUAAAGACGCGCCCCGGUUGCGCACUUCUUAAGAAAGUAUACGUGUUCGAGUCUCGAGUCUGAGCAUCCAGAAGGGUUUCAUGGGAAGGAUUAAACUCAGUUUCAACAAACAAUCGUCCAGAGAUGGGUCUUAACAGGAUUUUUCGUGCUGUCAUUAUGGGACCUCCGGGGUCGGGGAAAGGAACAGUAUCUGGGCGCAUUACUAAAACUUUUGGACUGAAACACAUUUCUAGUGGGGACAUUUUGAGAGCCAACAUCAACGCCAAAACCGAGCUCGGUCUUUUGAUGAAGUCCUGUAUUGAUCAGGGUCAGCUGGUACCUGAUGACAUCAUGUGUCGUCUCAUCCUGAGUGACCUGAGAGCAAUGAGCCAGAGCAGCUGGCUGCUUGAUGGUUUCCCUCGUACGGCAUUCCAGGCCGAGGCUCUGGAUGACGCCUUUGGCGUGGACACAGUCAUCAACCUCAAUGUACCUUUCCACACGAUCAAAGAGAGGCUCACCUCACGCUGGACUCACCUUCCCAGCGGCAGAGUCUACAACAUAGAUUUCAACCCGCCUAAAGUUCUUGGUUUGGAUGAUGUGACAGGGGAGCCUCUUGUCCAGAGGGGCGAUGACACACCAGAGACAGUGACACGGAGACUGAAGGCCUAUGAAACCCAGACAGAGCCUGUCUUAGAGUAUUACAGGAGUAAAGGUGUACUACAGAUCUUCUCUGGGACUGAAACCAACAAGAUUUGGCCGCACGUCGAGGCUUUCCUUAACAGAAAACUCUACUCGGUUAAACAAAAAGUUGCAUAGAAAGCCUGAACAGAGCAAGAAGGGUUAUUUUACCGGCCUAAACCACUCCGUACGCACCAUCCAAUCAUGUGCCUCUUUCUGUGAACCAAGAGGAAAGCCAUCUCUGCAAUAAUAUACUAAGAAUGUUAAAAAUGAGGGGCAAGUUCAUACAGUUUAUGUCAGGAGCGAUAAUAAGACUGCAGAUAAGUUGGGAAACUCUCAGGAUGUUUGCUUAAAAUCCUAAGCAUUAAUCCUUAGAUUUUCCACAGAUUGUCUUUUUAUUUAAUGAUGUGCCUUUAUGAAACCAGGAGACGUUGCUGUAUCUAAUAUCAAGGUAACGUUUACAAGAAAUUGUAAAUUUCAAAAAAUUACAAAAGUAACAAAAACAACACUGAAAACAAUGAACAAACACAAGAAACGAUUUUGUGCUAAAUGAAAGAUUUUUCUGUUUUCUCUAUUAGAAAAAAAUACUAUAGGGAAUUGUGCCAUGUUAUACAAAUGACUGUAUAUUAACUUUUGCACUCAAGUGCCUUUUGCUGCUUUUGGAAUGUAACAGGUAGCUCAGUGAAUGUAGUUUGUAAAUAUCUUUUAUGAAUAUGGACCACAUAUUGAAUGAUGUAUGAACCACACUUGUUAUAUUGAAUAUGUUUAACUAAACAUUGUGUAACAGCUUC